AUGGGACAGGAUAGGAGACCGGUGAUUCGUACCUUCGAAAGAGGGUACAGGAUAAGCUUCCCCGAGCGCUGGGAGUGGAACGGCUCUAAGGGACCGGUUCCUCGGGACGGGGACGUCUGGUUCACGGAUGGCUCCAAAACGAAUGCGGGCUCUGGAGCUGGUCUUUACUGUCAGCGCGACCGGGCAAGAAUCGUCGUUCCGCUUGGCGAGCAUGCUACGGGUUUCCAGGCGGAGGUGUUAGCCAUCAUGAGAUGUGCCCAGAACCUAUUAGAGUCUGAUAGGGUGGGAAGGCGCAUCCGGAUUUGCUCGGACAGUCAGGCGGCACUUAAGGCGCUUGAGGGUCCAAGAAUUAACUCGCGACUGGUCUGGGACUGCAAGUGCGUACUGGAUGAGUUGGCGGAGAAGAAUGAUGUCGGCCUAGUAUGGGUCCCUGGGCACGCAGGGAUCAAGGGCAACGAAAUGGCGGACCUGCUUGCUAAGGAGGCGGCCGAAACAAGGCUGUUGGGACCUGAACCGGCUGUUGGGAUCUCUUUCUGCCUAGGCAGGGGGAGAAUCAGGGGCUGGCUCCGGGACCAGCAUCUUGAACACUGGAAGGAAGAAACAAAGAGCAAAUGCAGACAGGCUAGGGCCAUGCUAGGGGAAUGCCCUAGCGAGGACCUGGCCAAGAGCAUAAGAUCUCUAGGUAGGAGAGACGCCAGGCUCGCGACACAACUGCUCACGGGCCAUGGGGAUCUCAAUUAUCACCUGCACAAAUUGGGCCGUAGUGAUACGCCCAGCUGUAGGUUGUGCGGUGAAGAGGAGGAAACUAGCCUCCACAUUCUUGGGAAUUGCCCAGCACUGGUCGGACCAAGAACACGCCUGCUGGGCUCAGGUUUUCUAGAACCGAACCAGGUGAGGCAGCUGCCUGUGGGGGAUUUGCUCCGCUUUUGGAAGGAAGCGGGGCCCCGCUAG